UGUCAACGUGUGUUCUGGUGUUCAGCUCAGCCUCAACGCCCUCGCGUCUGUCAAGAUAGGAAAGAGGGUGGUUUGGUUGAAGAAGACGGGGGUAAUUACUGAGUAAUCUCGCCAAUCGUUCGUACGGCAAAACGACGAGCGAGUCAGCGGCGCCAGGGCAACUUCCUAAUAGCAACCGCGCCGGAAGAGCCUUGCUGACCCGCUCACAGCCUGGGCUCCCCCUUGGCGACCGUCGGUGCGGUGUGUUCCGUAUCAGUAUCCGUACGGGCUACGGAUAUGUACGGAUAUGCUGUGUCUGUCCUCCCCCCCCUUGGCUCUUCGAAUGCUUCCCCGGUCGUUGGCCGUGGCGCAGCAGAAAAACGUGCUCGCCCUGCCUCGUCCGCCCCUUUCCGCUGCAGCGCCGCUAUUCCCGCCGAGUCCUGGCGGGCCGGGACAACUUCCCAAUGGCCGGAACCGGGGGUCCAUCGAACCCCUGGCCUGUCAGAAACCGUACUGAUCACCAACCAGAGGUUCCCAAUUCCACUGCCUUGGGGAAAUUGCGCCCCUCUUUGUCAUCCACAUGCCUACAUGGUAAUUCCGGUAAGAAAGACUUUAUCGGGCUUUUGUACUCUGUACAAACACAGGGUUCCGUUUUUGAUCUCCCUUCCGUCUUUUCUUCUCCACCAAAUGACCUUCCUUUCCCCUGCCACUCGAUGAUAAUAUUUUUUUUCGUUCACACCCCUGUGAAGAAGGGAAGGCUGUCGUGUUGUCGUCAACCGGUA